CUUUCCUCAUGACCAUUACUUCUGCCCCAGGAAAGCUCAUUUUAUUCGGUGAACACGCUGUUGUUUAUGGAGCUCAAGCUGUUGCUGCCGCAGUUUCCUUACGCACAUACUGUUUCACUGAACAUGUUUCAGAACCAAUUUUGAAGGUUACGCUUGCAGAUGCCCACACAACAGCAUCUUGGUCUCUUGCUGACCUGCCAUGGUCCCUAGUGCCAAAAAUAGACGUUAACAAAGCGCCAAAAUCACUGGAUCAGAAACUUGUGAAGGGUGUCCAUUCAUUGUUGGAAUGCUACGUCACAAAUCCUCUUAUCCACAGUGCCUUCUUUUGCAUACUGUACAUGUACAUGUUUCUUGGUUCUUCCAGCGAGGGUACCGCAAUCGUCAUCCGCUCAAAUGUCCCUCUUGGUGCAGGACUUGGAAGCAGCGCUACCGUAUCUGUGAGUGUUGCUUCAGCUCUCCUGCUCAAUAAAGGCGUCCUGUCUUUCCCAUCUAACCCUUCUUCCAAGGACUCAAACAGUCCCACUCAAGCUGCUAGUACUACCGUUGACGGACAUACUGCAUCCCAAACGUCGCAGUGUACUUCUCCCGGUCCUAGCGACAGCGGUCGGCUUAUUGAGGCUUGGUCCUUUGUCGGCGAGUGUUGCAUUCACGGUAAUCCUAGCGGUAUUGACAACGCCGUAGCCACGCACGGCGGCGUCGUCACUUUUACUAAGUCAACGAGUUCGCAGCCGUCGCGUAUGCAGGUGCUGCAAGGUGUUACGAGCCUCCCAAUCAUGAUUACCGAUACUAAGCAGCCCAAGAGCACAAAGCAGCUAGUUCAAAAUGUUGCGAAGCUUGUGCAGGAUAUGCCUGCGCCUAUGCGAGCCUUAAUGGCUACUAUUGACAGCGUUUCCAAAAGCGCUGUGGAGCUUCUUUGCUCGAGACAAUUGGCUCGUGAACAACUUCUGCCGAAAAUUGGUCAGCUCGUUGAAUUGAACCAGAAAUUACUCGAGUGUCUUCAUGUGUCGCACCCCACUCUUGAACGUGUAAUAGAUGCGGCUAAGCGAAUCGGCUGGACAAAGCUUACCGGUGCUGGUGGUGGGGGCUGCGCCUACACAGUGCUACGCGGCGCGGAUAUUGAAGAUGACGUCAACGAAGUGAUCGAGCAGCUCCGUUCUCUUGGCAACGAGACCUACGCGGUUGAACUGGGAGGACCAGGUGCAGCCGUUUGGGUUGCACCGAUCGACGAAAAAACAAGUACACAAACCGACGCUUUUUUUACGCGCAUUCAACAGAGCGACCAAAGUUGGGCAUAUUGGAGUUAA